AUGACGAAAGAUCUCAUGUGCUCGCUCCUCGCAAUCGAGCGAUUCCUCCUGGAUCACAGGGCCGACGAGUCCGUUACGAACGCAUUCAAGGAAGUGAAACGUGCGAUAUAUGAGCAAAAGAUCAAUAGAGGAGAAUUGGAAUCAGCAUGGAACCCCUCGCAAACGUCCAACAAAGCCUCGAAAUCCAAUGGCAAAAGUUUGGCCACCAACUUCUUUCACACAUUGUUCUGCAGCUGUGUGCAUCGUGACACAGCGUACGAGGAAGACACCUUGGCUCCGACGUACACUGAGAACGUAAUCAAAGAGGACGAUGCAAGCCAAGAACUUGUGCAGUCGCCGAGACCACGAAAAGGGUGGGUCAUCGGAGACAGCAGACGAAACGUCAAAAUCAAUUACGAUAGCCAAGAGGAGUACGAAAAGGUACUCUCCCAACUUGGAAAUAACUGGAAUGUGGAUAUUCUGGCCCUCUCAAAUUUUAAAACCGUUACGCAAAUGGGGCCUAUUGUAUGUGUUGGACACGCGCUCAUCAGUCCAGUAGGUGAUCGGAUACACCCCGAAUUCAAUAAGUUACUGUCACCCGUGCUCACGAUGAUACAAGACGUGUACCUACCGAAUCCCUACCACAAUGCACUACAUGGAGCAUGCGUUGCCCACAUGACGGCAGUUCUCACCAAGGCGCUGGGGUUGAAGGAAUGCCUGACACCCAUUGAGGAGUUCGCAUAUCUUAUUGCUGCUAUUGGACAUGAUGCGGGUCAUCCAGGAAAAACCAAUGCUUUCCUACGGUCGACAGAAAGCCCACUGGCGCUCAUCUACAAUGACGCGAGCAUCUUGGAAAACUACCACGCGUCGCUGGUCUGCCACAUCAUCAGGUCGCAAGAAACGUUUUUCGACCUUUUCUCGCAGACGGACUGGGAAUUGAUCAGGAAGAGGAUCAUUCAGCUGGUAUUGGCCACCGAUAUGAUGUCGCAUUUCACCCAUAUUAACAACGUCAGGGACAGGAGGGUCAGCGGUGCUUUUGAUUACAAGAACAACCCGGAGGACCUCUGGCUGCUUAUGGUACUAUGUGUCAAGACAGCCGAUAUCGGCCACAACUUCCUGCCCUGGUGUGAACAUCUGCCAUGGACUAAGUCUCUGUUUGACGAAUUCCACAUGCAAGGUGACGAAGAAAGAUUGUUAUCAAUUCCACUGCUGCUAUUCUUCGACAGGACGAGGUCGGCGGACAUCCCCGACUCACAACUGGGAUUCUUCCAAGGAUUCACCACACCUUUGAUCAACGAGCUAAUCUUUAUCGACAGUAACAGCUAUCUUACUCGUUUCCUGCAAAAGAAUUCGCAAGACAACUUGGAUCACUGGAAGAAAAACAGUAAGAGGGAAUUAGCUGACAUAUUGAGUGAUUUGGACAAAUCCACCGAGAUUCAUGAAAUAGCAGACGCAAGCAUAUAA